AUGAUCUGCCGACAAUGCGCCCAGCGUCUAGCACGCCGCAACACCUCCCACAUCACCUGCCGAGCCUUCUCCCAAACCACAUCAAAUCGAGCACAAGCAGUAACAGCCCAAACCACAACCGCAACGAAUCCCCGACCAAACGACAGACCCGCCGCGACUUCCACGUCAGCAGCGCAGCCCUUCAGCACACCGCUCACUCCCGCUCCUGAGAAUUUGGAUCUACCGACCAACAAAGAUGUCGACAAGAGCAAGAAGCCGCUGCAGAUACAGAGCAGUGUACCCGCAGGAACAGUACUGAAGGGCCUCAAUUUCAUGAAGAAUAAGCAAGACCCCGUGGCAUUGGAAGAUUCAGAGUAUCCGCCCUGGUUAUGGACGGUGUUGAAUAAGAGUGGCGCGGCGGAGAGUGGGAGUGGGCUCGAUGCUGAGGGUGAUUUGUUCUCCAAAUCGAAGAAACAACGCCGCAUCGCCGCGAAAGCAUUAAAGAAACGACAACUCCUAGACCCAGAGUCCUUGGUGGAGAAAGUCCCGAUCUAUGAACAGAGUGUAGAUUUACCGAGGGAUCCUAGGGAGAGUUUGGGUGCUAGGGAGCAGUUGACGAAGGCCAUGAGGGAGAGGAGGAGGAGUAAGAUUAAGGAGGAUAAUUUCUUGAAGGAGAUGAGUUAG